UAAAAUAAUGGCGGCGCUUAUACUACAGGAAGAGUAUAUACGAAGCAGAGUGAAUCUGCAGCAUCAAAAUCUGGGUGAUGUACGGUCACUCUGUCUUCCUGGAACUUAUCAAGAAAAGAUCACACAUCUUGGAAAUGGAUUGAAGAACUUAAUUCGUUUAAAGUCUCUGGACCUUUCUCGUAAUGCUUUAGUGUCUUUAGAGGGUAUUCAACAUCUGAAGCUUUUGGAAAGACUGAAUUUGUAUUACAACAACAUCAGUUCAAUGUCCGAAGUAUUGCAUCUUCGGAAUUUGACAGCUUUAAGAGACUUGGACCUUCGUCUGAAUCCUGUCACUAAGAGUGAACCUGACUAUAGGCUUCUCAUCAUACAUAUGCUACCUAAUCUUAGAAGAUUGGAUGAUCGUCCUGUCAGAGACAGUGAACGGAAGGCAGCCCUCUUGCAUUUUAGUACAGAGCAAGCAUAUGCUCUCAGGGAUCUUCCUGUUGCUGUUGAAAAUGAAAAUGACAGAACCAGUCAACCAAGAGUGGCUUAUGUGAAUUCCUUAUCGAAGAAGAUGCCUGUACUAGAUGAGGAAGCUGAAAUAGUUCUUAACAUGAUAACAAAAUGUGGAUGGGAUAUGAAUAAACCACGGGAAUUAACAGGUUCAGUUGGGAAAGUUCCAGAAGUUGAGCUUCACACUUUGCAAGCAAUUCGAGAAAUGGAUGAUCGUGAUGGAGCUGGCCUUGGCAGUGGAAGUGUUGUAGUGAACACCAUUCUGAAACAGCCUGGAACGCAGAAAAUAAAUAUUCCUAAGGUUGUGAUAACAUCAGAACAUAAAAGUUCCAUGGAGUUUCAGGAAACUGGAGAAGAGUACCAUGAGCUACAUACUCUUUCAACAGCCAAGCCUAUUAUGGUAUCUCCAGAGCGGGAAAGAACUGGAGCAAGGGUUACUUUUGCUACAGAUGUUCCUCAUACUCCUCAAGCAGCAGAUGCAAAUUUAAAAUUUCAAGAUGAGGCUGAAGCCUAUCACAGAAUUUCAUCUCAGGGCAACUUCACACCACAUCCAGGUUCAACGGAUGCAACCAAGCCCUUAACAUGUCCCAAGAAUGCCACUGCAGAGACACCAGCAGCAUCUGCCUCUCCAUUGAUGGCUAAUGGUACAUUAAAUACAGAGCAGUUUGAGCAAACACCAAUGGAAUGUUUUUUGGAUCUAGUAGACAAUUACUGGAAUGGUUUCAAAUCCCUACAUAGUAACAAAAGAUUUUUGACUCAAGCUAGACAGAUUUUUCCUGCUGUUCAGAUGUCUGCAGCAUCAGAAAGUCAAGCUAGUGAAAAGAAAUUACUGGAAGAUCUCAGUCGAUUAACUGUAGAGAAGCAAAACUUGGAGAGUUAUAUCACACAGCUGAAGCAGGAACAUUAUAACGAAAUUCAGAAGUUAACAGAGGAAAAGAACCAGAUACAAAAAGAAAAGCAUCACAUUCCUAGCAAAGAGUUUUACAUCAGUGAUAAUAUCAACAAUACUAUCCUUAAAAGAAGGGAGUUCCGAGCCAAAUCUAAUAAUCUCUCAAAGAUUGAAAUCGAGGCUAUACGAGAAUUGGAGAACAAUCAUAAUUUGGCUAUAUUACCUGCAGACAAUGGACAGCAAAUAUGCAUCCAGCAGCUGGUAAAGGAAAAUGACUAUUUAAAACAACAACUUCAGCUGUAUGAAAGAAUGCAAGAACUCACAGAUAUGUUAAAAGAAAAUCACAGAACAUUAGUCUCUACAAAUGAACAUCUUCUAAAGGAGCUGGAGGAAAUCCGGAUACGUCACAGUGCUGAAGUGAGACAGCUUAAUUGGAGUUACAAUCAGCUAAAGAAGACUAUUGAAACUGUUUCCCACAACAGCUGAGCAGUUUGGCCCUAGCUUUGUCACUGGAGUAUUAUAGCACUGCAGAAUCAUUGGGUGAUAAGUAUUUUGUCCAGGGUCAAAUUUCUGCUUUCUCCAAGCAUAAGAUGCAAUAUAUUUUUAAUAAGAUUUAUUUGAAAGAAACCUGGAAUGCUACUCUUCUCUACUGUUUUUUUUGUUUGUUUUGUCAUAAUUUUGCAUUAUGCACAUAUGCUAACCGUGGUGUUUGAGGAUUUUGUUUUACCUCCAGUGACCUCUUCAACAUAAUGACUAGCAAAAAGGGUGAGGGAGAAGGUGGCUCGUUCCACAUUUGCCUUCUGUGGGACUCUGAUCAAGUCAGUUAACUGGAUGGUGCACGUGAAUUACCCUUGAAGAGAGUGAAGUUUACUUGGUUAACAAAUGAGUAGAGUAAAACACAGGUAAAUAAGUAGGUAAACUGAGAAGUGAAACUUGUCUUCAAAGAGCAAGUCUUGGAGGAAAACUUUUAUAGGCUUGUAAAAAAUGUGUGCACUUGUCAGGGUAAAAUAAGGCAAGGAAUAAAGUUUAUAAUUCAGUUUCCUAAAAGAGUGCACAGCAAGAUAGUUGCAUGGUUAUGCAUUGCACCUGCUAGCAGUGCUCUGCCAUGAAGAAACGACCUAGUGUGGCAGGCCAGGGUCAUGCAAAUGAACUGCAUUGCAUUUUAUUCAUGCAGCAUCUUGCAUGCGCUCAUCAUCAGCAUCCAUUAAAGAAAUGUUUAUCGUGAUGAAUGGUACUGUACAGGUAUGCACACAUGGGUAAGAAGGAGAGAAGAACCUGUGGUCCAUCAGCAUCCUCCUUCCAUUAUCCUAACUGAAGUGUUACCUGUUCAGUUCAAAGCAUGCAAAGAUGAAUGUGUGAUCAAACAUAUAAUUGAUGUACAAAAAUUAUGUAAUUUAAGGAAAUGGAAUUGUGAUAAAGUAGAAUUUGAAUAUAAAAUUGAAAUAUUUUUAAGUAAGAUUCA